AUGCUCCUGUUGUGCACUAUUGCAUUGCUCAUGCAACGUUCCCGAGCCGAAUGCGAAUUCAAAUACAGCGAUUUCGAAUGCACCAAAGCCGAUUCCAAGUCCAUCAUGUUCGAUUUCAAUUCGAAAACUCGCAAUUCAACGACCAUCAGAACAUUUCGAUUCGCCAGCGUAGAUUCCGAAUCGAUACAGCGCUUCCUGAGUGCAGUAGACGAGGAAAUCAAAUUUAACAUCCAGGAAAUCGGAAUGAACCACUGCGACUUGACAGAACCACCGGAUAUUUCGGGAUACCAGCAUUUGGAAACUCUGGAUGCACGCCACAAUAAAAUAUCAACAGUGCCUGAGGUGUUCAGCGAUUUCGAGCGACUGGAGUUGGUGGACUUGAGCCACUGCGAAAUAGACAAUUUGAACUUCAUCGUGUUCAAAAACAACCAGAACUUGCGCCUGGUGAACGUUUCUAACAACAACAUCCGAAGCACCGAAUCGGACGAGUACUUGAAGAACGUCCGAUGCGUGGACUUGAGCCGCAACCCACUGGCCAAGUACUCGAACGUUCCGGGCCUCUGCUUGGACUUCAGCUACACCGACAUGGCCGGCUACCAGUGGUACAACGUGGGCGAGUCCAACAAGACCGUGAUGGUGGAACAGUUCCGUUUCUCCGGCAACGGGAGGUUGAAAUUGCGCGCCAUCAGCGCUGGUAAUAUUUCACUACCGAUCACGGUGCAGUACUUGGACUUAUCGCAGUACCGCGGCGACGUAGGGGACUUGGACUUGGAGCAGGUUAAAGUCUCUAAAUCGAUGUCGUUGAAGGGUUCUGAGAGGAUCGUUUUGGACAAGUCCAAGCGCGAUUUCGUGGGGUUGUUUUUCGAAGAAGGUACCAACGCGACUUUCGAUUUGAGCAAUUGUAGCAUCGAUUUAAUACCUGAUGGGUACUUCGAGGGGAUCAAUUUGGGCCGGUUGGAUUUGUGCUACAACCACAUCGAUCGAUUGAACUCCAACGUGUUCAAGGAUUCUUACAUAGUCCAACUGGAUUUAUGCCGGAACGAUAUCGGGGAGAUCGAUGAGAGAGCUUUCGACAAUCUCCACGUGGGUUUGUUGAAUUUAUCCGGGAACAAAAUCUCGAAGAAUUUAGAAUUUCUGAAACCCAUAACAGCGAUUCACCACUUGGAUUUGUCCAACAAUCGCAUAGCUUCUUUGUCCUCCGGUAGUUUUGAUACACCUACGUUAGAAACUAUUAAUUUGCGCGGUAAUAGCAUCUCGAUCAUCGACAAUGGCGGCGUUUUCGCCAAUAAAAACGUGCGGAUCGUCGUGUUGAGCGACAACAAUUUGAGCGGAAUUCGAGAGGGGACGUUCGCGAAUUCGCCCGGUUUGCGGGAGGUCAAUUUGGAUGGGAAUCCCAUUAGAUUUAUCGACGCGAAUUCGUUCGCGGAUUUGCCGGCUUUGAGGACGGUCAGUCUCAAAGGAACCGAAGUUUACGUCAUCAAAAAUAACGCCUUCGCCAACGUCGGGAACCUGGAGAAGGUCUAUUUGGAUAAUAACGAAGUCAAUGAUUUGCAUUUGAUUUGUAAAUUGUUCAAAUAA